AUGCCAGUAUUUCAUACAAAAACAAUCGAGUCUAUUUUGGACCCAGUUGCACAACAGGUCUCUAAACUAGUAAUUCUUCAUGAAGAAGCUGAAGAUGGCAUACCUAUGCCCGACCUUCAACAACCAGUCAGGUCUGUUAGUAAUGCCGUUUCAAAUUUGGUCAAGGUCGGUAGAGAGACAAUUAACAGUUCCGAUGACCCCAUUUUACGCCAAGACAUGCCAGCUGCACUCGUCAGAGUGGAAAGAUCUUCCAAAUUAUUGGAAGAGGCUAGCGACAUGCUUAAACACGACCCAUUCUCUUCACCAGCGAGAAAACGAUUGAUUGAGGGUAGCGGAGGUAUUCUACAGGCUACUUCAGCUCUUCUGUUAUGUUUCGAUGAAUCUGAAGUUAGAAAAAUUAUCAAGGAGUGUCAUAGGGUUCUGGAUUACCUCGCAGUGGCAGAAGUUAUUGAAACUUUAGACGAGCUUGUUCAAUUUUUAAGAGAUUUGAGCCCAUGUCUUAGCAAAGUUUCCAGGGAAGUUAGUGCCAGAGAAAAAGAGCUUACACACCAAGUCCAUUCGGAAAUAUUGGUGAGAUGUUUAGAGCAAGUAAAAACUUUAGCUCCGAUACUAAUUUGUUCCAUGAAAAUUUACAUUCACAUCGUAUCCCAAGGAGGAAAAGGUGCCGAAGAAGCGGCAGAAAACAGAAAUUAUUUAGCGCAAAGAAUGACAGACGAAAUUAACGAAAUCAUCAGAGUUUUGCAGCUCACCAGCUACGACGAGGAACAAUCCGAAUUAGACAAUCUUACCGUUUUGAAAAAACUUCAAAACGCUAUUUCUAAUAAGAUGAACGCAGCUAACGAUUGGCUUUUUGAUCCAAAUGCUGUCAGAGGUGGUGUGGGUGAAAAAUCUCUUAGACAAAUCAUCGAGGCGGCUCAAAAAGUAGCUGAAAGGUGCCUUCCCCAAGAUGCCCACACGAUCAACAAACUGUGUUCCGAUUUAACGACCAUGACUGACGCUCUCUGCGAACUCAGACAAGACGGCAAAGGGGCCACUCCUCAAGCCGAAUCUUUGGCAAGGGGCAUUAGAGAAAAAUUAGGCGGAUUACAGCAAGCCGUAUUGAACGCCGUAGUGGCAGUCGACAAGACGGGAUUGCAACAAACCGCGCACACUGUGCAAGGAAGAUUAGAGCAAGCAAGAAAAUGGCUGUCCAACCCUGGCCAUGACGACAAAGGUUUAGGAAGAAGAGCUAUCAACGCAAUUGUAGAAGAAGGACGAAAAGUCGCCGACGGACUACCAGGAGUCCAAAAAUCAGAAAUCCUCCAUCUCUGCGACGAAGUUGACGGUCUCACCCACCAAUUGGCAGACCUGUGCGCUCAAGGUCUCGGCAACACUCCCCAAGCGCAAGAAGUAGCCAGGAAAUUGUCGCAAAAGCUGCACGAACUGAAAGAGAAAAUUAACCAGGCCGUCGUUAAUCGAGUCGUGGAAGAUUUCAUCGAUAUCGUGACGCCUUUAAAACAGUUCACAGAGGCCGUUCUGGUUCCGGAAGGGACUCCGAACAGGGAUCAGAAUUUCUCCGAUAAAGCGGCGAAUUUGCAGCAGUUUUCGAACAGAGCCGUCAAGACCGCCAAAAUGGUGGCAGCUGGUGGCAGCUCUGGUAACAAAAAAUUAGCGGAGGCUCUCCAAAGCGCAGCUAACCAAGUUGAAAGUUUGACGCCUCAAUUAAUAUCUGCCGGAAGCAUUCGAAUGAACUAUCCCACAUCGAAGGCUGCCGACGAACAUUUCGAAAACCUGAGACAACAGUAUGCCGACACCUUAACUAGGGUGCGAAAUCUGUGCGAUGAAGCCACCGAUUCUGCAGAUUUCAUCAAAGCUUCAGAGGAACAGAUGAAGAAGCACACCUUCCUUUGCGAAGAGGGUAUCAAAAAUAGGCAGCCACAAAAGAUGGUGGACAACACUUCGGCGAUUGCUAGACUGGCAAACAGGGUGCUUUUGGUAGCUAAGCAAGAAUGUGAUAAUUCCGAGGAUCCUCAUUUCAUCGACAAUCUAAAUAGAGCGUCUGAUGAUCUACAAAAUGCUAUCCCUCCAAUGGUGCAAGAUGCUAAGCUAGUGGCUGUGAAUCCUGCAGAUUCGCAUUCUGCUUCUAGAUGGAGAGAUUCCAAUAGAGCUUUAUUAAACGCUGUUGGAAACAUUCGUCAAGCUGUUCAAAUCAAUCCAGAAUUACCUCCAUUACCAGAUAUCAAUUCGUUGAACUUGGAAACUGCACCAAGCCAUUACUUUAUUGACAAAGUUGGCGAGCCACUGCGAAAUACACCAACGCCUAGCAGGGAGCUAGGGGCUCUGAGCCCCACCAGCCAUCAGCAUGGGGGCCGUAUUAGCCCCUUGCCGAAAUGGGCUAGAGGCGACAAUUCUGAUUUGCUCUGUCAAGAACUAGCACCAAACUAUCAGGAAACAGAACAAGCUCCACCACGUCCUCCAUUGCCAUACGAUGGAGCUCCAGUUAGACCACCACCACCUCCUGAAACUGAUGAUGAAGACGAAGUGUUCAAAACUGCGCCGCUACCCAGUCAACCAAUUAUGGUUGCUGCACAUAAUUUGCAUAGAGAAGUCAGACAGUGGUCUGCAAAGGACAACGAACUUAUCGCUGCGGCACAAAGAAUGGCAAAAUUAAUGGCCAGAUUAUCAGAACUUGUUCACAACGAUGAUAAAGGAUCGAAGAGGGAACUUAUAGCCACAGCUAAGGCUAUCGCCGACGCUAGUGCUGACGUAACUCGUAUAGCUAAGCAGCUGGCUAGAGAAUGUACGGACAAAAGGAUCAGGACUAAUUUACUGCAAGUUUGCGAAAGGAUCCCCACCAUUGCUACUCAACUUAAAAUCCUUAGCACCGUUAAGGCAACUAUGUUGGGAUCUCAAGGUUCUGAAGAGGACCGUGAAGCGACCGAAAUGCUGGAAGGCAACGCCCAAAACCUGAUGCAGAGCGUCAAGGAAACUGUAAGAGCGGCUGAAAGCGCGAGCGUGAAGAUUCACGCCCAAACCCAUGGAAAAUUGAGAUGGGUGCGAAAACAACCAUGGUAUGCAUACGCUUAA